AUGGCCGGCGCGGUUUCGAGGCCGGUCGAACUUGUUUUCAUUGGGGACCAUACACGAAGAUAUGUCAUUUGGGAGGGCGAGAUUGUUACCCACGGAUUUGGUGCCCUCUUUCCGGAGAGAUAUCUGCCAAGUCGCUCAGCGGAGACCAGCAUAUGGCACUGCCCAGUUCGAACUUGUGGACAAGCAUAUGCCACGCCACCGGACCUGGGCGAUCAUUUUGUGAGAUUUCAUGCCGGAGCGAUCCUACACGACCACCUCGACGGUACAUUUUCUGUUCUCCCCCAAGACCCUGCGACAGCCUAUGAUGCAAAUUGCCAGCCGUACGUUGCGUCUCAAGGACACAUGCUGCCGAACCUGAGCUUGCGUCAACCAUCUCGCGCCGUACCUCUCUUCUUGGGACAAGACUCCCCUGACACUUCUGCCGUGGCGGCUAAUCGACAUGACAAGUCAAAGCCUCAAACUGGCAACAAACCGACUUCGAGCAGCAGCGAGGUAAACAGUGACGACGAGAGUGACGGCAAUGAGAGCGACGGCAGCGAUGCCGGCCAGAGUGAUACCGACGACAGUGACGGAAGUAGCGAUAGUGAGAGCGAUGGAAGUGAUACCGACGAGGCGCAAGAUGCGGUUAGACACGAGAAAGCUAGCGAGACCAAGCUUCAGAGUAAUGUCAACUCGGAAACGAGUAGCGACGAUUCGGACACGAACGACGACGAGAGCAGCGGAAGUAAGACCGACCAGCAGGAUCAAGAUAGGCCUGCGCGCGCCAAUAUCAAGGUUGCCACUAAUCAUCUCAGCAAAGUUGGCAUUGGAAAGGAGGACACAGACAGAUCACCACCAGCAACGUCACUCACCAGAGUUGCUGAGGAUGUCAAACAGCGAACAAACCCACCCGACUGCAAGUAUGCCAAUUCCGAGGUCUGGAAGUACAUUACUUCCUUCACAUCCGAGUUUUCGCCGGUCCCCGCCGAUCCAUGUCUCCUUGAACUUCUCAUUUUGCCCCGCCAACGCGACUUACCAUACUGCUGGAAAAGGUGGCUCAACUUCAGGAAGCCCUCCCUGAAAACAUUGACGGCAGUCGCUUUAUAUCUCGGUGGUGUGCAAAGGAACACGCCUUGCGGUGACAUCAUGCGCUGCGCUAAGUAUCAGGGUCUUUAUGAUGAACUACACCAUAAUGGCGACAAAAAUGCCCCGCGUUUCCAUCCUCAUUUUGCCUUUGACACGUGCAUACAACUCCCAGAUUAUCUGCGAAAGGUCUCCCCAGCUCUUGAGAAAAGGUUCCGCGGCUACUAUUGUUGUAAUGCCUACUUUCGUCACACGAGAGCACUGCCUAUGCCUGGUGCAUUUGUCGACCCAUCGACGCAGCUACGGAAUGCAACUUCGAAGAAGAGAAAGGCAGACAACGACGAGGUGGCACCAGCGCCUAAGAAAGCAAAGACAUCACAAGCACCUGUUGUCCAAAAGGCAAAAAAGAUGAAGAAUUGGGACGUACAAGACAACCGUAUGUCCAGGUCUGGUACGCAGCCUGCAAAGUGGGAAACGAAGUGGGGGAAACUUCCGCACAAUGGGCGGCCCCUACACUCAGGGCCUCCGCUUGCUUAUUCUUCAUCAAUGCUCUCGACCAGGCAUGUUGUUGAUGAUUAUCACACAACCUUUCAGAUUAUUACAUUGUUUCGAACCCAAAAGCCACACAUUCAAGCAAAUGACAAAUCCCUCCUCUUUGUGGUUAAGCAGGGAGCUGUGAGCGUUUGGGUCACCGAAAACCAGCCCUUUACAAUUUCGGUAGACGGCUGCUGGAGCAUCAAGCCAGGACAAAGCUGCUCAGUUAAAGGAAUGCAUCCCGACACAGAUACGGUCAUCUACAUUUACGGUAGACCCUGCUAAGGCAAAGAUACCUCUACAUGUAGUGUUUCAGGGACUGAUAAAGCCAAGUAGCCUGUCUGAUUACUUUAUUCUAGAGUUGUUGUUCAACCGAUGGACGACUUAGAAGGUUCCGCGCUGGAGAGGCACUCGUUGAUAGAAUGUUGUUCUUACCUGGUUAGUUCUGGGAAGAUAUGAAAAGCCACGGCUUGGCAUACAAGUUGUUUAGGUGUUGAGAUUCAGUAGCCUCGAAUGAAG